AUGCAUACCAGAAGACCCUAUCAUGUGGAAGAUGCAGAAAAAUACUGCCUUGAGGAUGAUUUGGUCAAUCUCGAGGUUCUGGAUGAGGAUACAAUUAUUCAUCAGUUGCAGAAGCGUUAUGUGGACUUACUGAUUUACACAUAUGUUGGAGACAUCUUAAUUGCCUUAAACCCCUUCCAGAAUCUAAACAUAUACUCUCCACAGUGCAUUGUCAUCAGUGGAGAAAGUGGCUCUGGGAAGACGGAAAGCGCCCACCUGAUAGUUCAGCAUUUGACUUUCUUGGGAAAGGCAAGUAAUCAGACCUUGAGAGAGAAAAUUCUGCAAGUCAACUCUCUGGUGGAAGCCUUUGGAAAUGCAUGCACUGCCAUCAAUGACAAUUCCAGCCGUUUUGGAAAAUAUCUGGAAAUGAUGUUUACACCAACUGGAGCUGUGAUGGGGGCAAGAAUCUCUGAAUAUCUCCUUGAAAAAUCCAGAGUUAUAAAACAGGCAGCGUACAUAGCUGAUGAAACCGGAAGGGUGAUGCACGACAUAACUUCCAAGGAGUCUUACAGAAGACAGUUUGAAGCAAUUCAGCAUUGCUUCAGGAUUAUAGGGUUCACUGACAAGGAGGUGCACUCAGUGUACAGAAUUUUGGCUGGGAUUUUGAAUAUUGGAAACAUUGAGUUUGCAGCUAUUUCCUCUCAACAUCAAACUGAUAAAAGUGAGGUGCCCAAUGCAGAAGCCUUGGAAAAUGCUGCCUCGGUUCUCUGUAUCAGCCCUGAAGAGCUCCAGGAGGCCCUCACCUCACACUGCGUGGUCACCCGGGGUGAGACCAUCAUCCGUGCCAACACCGUCGACAGGGCCUCGGAUGUCCGAGAUGCCAUGUCCAAAGCCCUGUAUGGGAGGCUUUUCAGCUGGAUCGUAAAUCGCAUCAAUACACUCCUCCAGCCAGACAAAAACUUACGUACUUCAGACGAUGGUAUGAACGUGGGGAUCUUGGAUAUUUUUGGAUUCGAGAACUUUCAGAGAAAUUCAUUUGAGCAGCUCUGCAUAAACAUCGCCAAUGAGCAAAUCCAGUACUAUUUCAAUCAGCACGUUUUUGCUCUUGAGGAGAUGGAGUAUCAGAAUGAAGGCAUUGACAUGACACCCGUGGAGUAUGAGGACAAUCGCCCCCUCUUGGAUAUGUUCCUCCAGAAACCUCUGGGACUGCUUGCACUUUUGGAUGAGGAAAAUAAAUUUGAAGAUAAUCUCCGAUGCAAAUACGUCUGGAGGCCCAAAGGAAUGGAGCUGUGCUUUGGCAUUCAGCACUAUGCUGGAAAGGUAUUAUAUGAUGCUUCUGGGGUUCUUGAGAAAAACAGAGACACUCUCCCUGCCGAUGUGGUUGUCAUACUGAGGACAUCGGAAAACCAGCUUCUUCAGCAACUCUUCUCAAUCCCUUUGACCAAAACAGGUAACUUGGCCCAGACAAGAGCCAGGAUAACAGCAGCCUCAAGAUCUUUGCCUCCGCAUUUCAGUGCCGGGAGACCCAAGGUGGACACUCUGGAGGUGAUACGGCAUCCGGAAGAAACCACCAACAUGAAGGGGCAGACCAUGGCUUCUUACUUCCGGUAUUCUCUGAUGGAUCUGCUCUCCAAAAUGGUGGUGGGACAGCCCCACUUUGUACGCUGCAUCAAGCCCAACGAUGACCGAGAGGCACUGAAGUUCACCCGAGACAGAGUGCGGGCCCAGCUCCGCUCCACAGGCAUCCUAGAGACGGUCAGCAUCCGCCAGCAGGGUUAUUCCCACCAGAAAGGGUUACUUCCAACACCCUCUCAUCAGUGGGGCCAGGUGGAUUGGAAGCAUGAGAAGGGCCACCUGACAGUGCUGGGCAGCUGGCUGAAACCUCCUGGAAGUCAUGCUGUUGAGACAUCACAGAAAAUGACUAUGAACACUCAUUGGCUUUGUGGUCAAUGGGCUCUGAAGUAUUAUUAUUUGGCAUUCAGAGCACAUCAAACACCUCUUGCUAGCAAAGAGAGCUGUGUCGCUAUCUUGGAAAAGUCCAGAUUAGAUCACUGGCUGCUGGGAAAAACAAAGGUUUUUCUCAAGUAUUACCAUGUUGAGCAGUUAAAUUUGCUACUGCGGGAAGUCAUAGGCAGAGUGGCUGUGCUGCAGGCCUAUGUCAAGGGGUGGCUUGGAGCCAGGAGAUAUAAAAGAGUCAGAGAGAAGAGAGAGAAGGGGGCCGUUGCCAUCCAGUCAGCCUGGAGAGGAUAUGAUGCUCGGAGGAAAUUUAAGAAAAUAAGCAACAGAAGGAGUGAGUCUGCUGUUCAUAUUCAAGCAGAGAUCAAAGUCGAGGUAUUAACCUUCCCGGGCUUUCUUCAGGAAUCCGUCCCCAGGACCGGGCUGCUGUUGUUAGGAGGCCGGUGUCCCUGUCACGGGGCCCUCCUCCAGGCAGUCCUCGGCCUAGGAGCUGCCAUCUCAAAGGCCCAGGGUCCUUUUGGAAGUGACCUCAUCAGUACUUUAAAGCAGGGAGCCCUUCAGGCCAAAGCUGUGAUCUACACCCCACCGUUGCAGGGGGCACCAGGGGAACUGCCCAGGUUCAAGACUGCAGUGAGCCCGGCGACCACAAAGGUGAGGUCAUUAGAGGUUUGGGAUGGGUGUCCUGUAUUUGUGGACACUCCAGAGAAGAUUGCAGAGCUGGAAAUGAUCACCUGCUCCAUUUCUCCAAUCUCCUUGUUUAACAAUGAAUUUGCCAGAGAGAUGCCAGUUCUGAGGGGCUCUAUCGAUCGUAAAAGCAGUCCACACGCAGAAUCCAGCAAUGGCCAUGCAGAGACUUCAAGCAACUCUCCUGCUAUCGCUGAGAAAGAUCGUGGUAGUGGCAACAACAGGAUCCAGAAUAAUGCAUCAGAUAGUGUUUCAGGACGUCCCUGCCCCAGGGGGCUGGGGCUCAUUUUUCCCACUGUGUUUGAUAGUCACCUCAAUGCCCUGUGGAUGGAUCAAGUCAGGGAUUGA